AUGACCAUGUCCCCUGCCAAAGAGGAGGCCCUCGGUGCCUCCGGGAAAGACCUCGCAGUUGACGAUCUGCCCAAAGGCAUGUUCCACCACCUCGCUGAACCCGCCGACCUCCCCGCCGCGAAGAAACCGUGCAUGGAUCCUGGCUCCAGGAACGCCCCCAAUUCUUCCCCCUCCAUCUCCUCCGGCUCGGCUCCAGCGAUGCCUGCUUACUCUCCCGCGCCCCUCGCAGCCGCCGCUCUCACUGCUCCCCCAAUUGGCCUGGCGCCUACGCAGGCAGCAACUGCUGCAGCAGCUCCCAACACCUCGGCCACCCGCGCAACCGCCUACGCGUCCGUCGGCUCAGCCUCCAUCCUGGCUCCGGCGCUGCCCGCCUCGCUCUUCACCUCGCCCACUCCAUGUGCUCCCCCCCCCCAAUCUGCGGCGCGCGCGCACGGAGGCCACCUCCCCGAUGCUUUCCCCCCUACGUCGCCGCAUGGUAGUCACCGUCCUCCUCCCGGAAGCCGGGCUGGAACCGUUGGAGACCCCUACCGUAUGGCCCGCCGUGUGUAUGGCCGCCUGCUCUUCUCAUGGCCGACGCAGGAAGAUGCGGCGGCCUUCCGCAAGCUCUUUCCCCUCACCCUCAAAGUCUCCAACUCCCGCCCCCUUCUGCUCAAGGUGUUCGAGGACAGGUUUGCAGCCUUCACUGCUGCCAAGGCUGCCGGCGCACCCACCCUGUCUAUCCGCAACGUCCCUUUGGAUUUCGAUCCAGAGGACAUCCGCGCCUACCUCCUCGGCUCCACCGAACCUGAUGGCUCGCACUGGCUGGCGGAUUUGACGGACUUUCACCGCGCUUCGGACCCCUACGAGGACACGUAUAUCACUCACCUUGCAGGACUUCCAGUCGCCACCCCCGAUGACCCGGAUUUCGAGCGCAUCCUAUCCCGAAAUCCCAAUGGAGGAGAACAAACCUCCCAUGCUGCUCAACUUUUCCAGCCACGUGUGCGCACUCAGCCGAUCCCCUGCACAGCCACGAGCUUCCCCCACCCGCUCAACCCCCCCCUACCCCUGCGUCUCCCCACUCUCUACCUGUGCAGCCCCACCCCUUGGGACCCAUCCCCCACCUCGCGCCCGGGCUUUGGCCCUUUGCUCCCCAUUGUACCCACCCCACCCCUCUUCUCACCCCCCACUCCUGCCCCCCCCCGCCAACAACCUCCCCCACAGGAACCCUCCGCUGCCUCUUCCUUCUCUCCCUGCAACAUCCUGGGGAACCACGCCGCGCCGACCACUUUCCGCAACGACCCCGGCCUUCUCUACGUUGGGCUGGACGACAAGGUCGAGACCUGGACAUGCGCGCUCUGCGAUUUCACCUGCGGCGCUGCCCUGGACAGCGCCAUGGUCCACAUUCAGUCCGCUAUGCACACCUCCCGCGUAAAGGCUAUGGCCCACCGCCCGGCAGCCAAGGAGGCUUUCGGCCCCUGGAGCGCGCAGAAGCCUUCGGUGGCUACCUUCCUUCGUGGCUGA